AUGUUGUUCAAGAAGAAGCAAAAACAGCCACAACAGGACAACACCGUCACGCCUGUACCGAUGCGUGACGGGGCUUCAGUUCGCAGAGAACAGGCCUCCAAGGAGGGUAAGGGUGCCGAGGAGUCGAAAUCCAAGGAUUUCAAGAGCCGUCAACCUGACAUCGAGUAUCCGUCUGGUCUCAAGCUCGCGCUGCUGAUGACGUCCAUCCUCGUCGGCAUGUUCUUGUCGUCACUGGACAAACUCAUCAUCUCGACAGCUGUCCCCGAAAUCACCAACGAGUUCAAUUCGGCAGACGACAUUGGCUGGUAUGGCACGGCAUACCUGCUCACCAACUGCGCCUUCCAGCUAGUAUGUGGAAAGCUAUACAAAGUUUUCAGCAUUAAGACGACGUUUCUAACCUCCAUCUUACUGUUCGAAGCCGGCUCAGCUCUCUGUGGCGCGGCGCCGAGUUCAAUAGCUUUCAUUCUCGGCAGAGCCCUCGCCGGCCUGGGGUCCGGAGGUAUCGUUUCUGGAGUCAUGGUCGUCAUUGUCUAUGCUCUUCCCUUGGAUCAGCGGCCGAAGUACCAGGGUUUCUUUGGCGCGGUGUUUGGCGUCGCCUCGGUGGCCGGUCCGCUGAUUGGCGGUGCUCUCACCACAGACGUCACCUGGAGAUGGUGCUUCUACAUCAACCUGCCUUUAGGAGGUGUGGUCAUGGCGCUCGUUUUCUUGGUGUUUCAAGACCCAGAUCGUCCCAAUACCAAGAUGCCUCUCAAAGACAAGGUGCAGCAACUCAACGUCUUAGGUCUGCUGGUUCUCCUUCCCGGCGUCGUUUGCCUAUGUCUGGCUCUACAGUGGGGUGGCACCACGCAUGCUUGGAGCGAGGGGCGUAUCAUCGUGUUGCUUGUGCUCGCCUUUGUGUUUUUGAUCGUGUUUGCCUUGAUUCAGGUCUGGAAGCCCGAACAAGCCACGGUGCCACCAAGCAUCGUGAUCCAGCGCACCAUCGCCUCCGGCUUUUGGGCGAGCUGUUGUACGGGCGCACACCAGACUCUUUUUGUUUACUUCCUCCCCAUCUGGUUCCAGGCUAUCGACGGCGUCUCGGCAGUGAGCAGCGGUAUCCAUCUCCUUCCCAUGGUGAUCCCCGUCGUUGUGGCAUCCAUACUUACCGGCCAGUUGGUCUCCCGCAUCGGGUAUUAUACGCCCUUCAUGAUCUUCGGCGUCUGCCUCGCAGCAAUUGGGGCCGGGCUGCUUACCACCUUCGAGGUCAAUACCACCGAGGGCAAGUGGAUUGGGUACCAGAUCCUAUACGGCUUUGGCCUCGGUUGUAGCUCGCAAGCACCAAACAUGGGCGCGCAGACGGUGCUGCCGCGUGAGAACGUGGCCAUCGGCGCGUCGCUCAUGUUUUUCGGUCAGACCCUCUUUGGCGCCACCUUCAUAUCCGUCGGUCAGAAUGUGCUCGAAAAUCAGCUGACCAACCGUCUCUCUAGCAUCCCCGGCAUUACUUUCCGGCUGAUCCAGAACACGGGCGCAACUGACCUCCUCAACCUCAUCCCUUCCCAGUACCACACCGCGGCACUGGAGGCUUACAACGCCUCGCUGCGCGUGUGCUUUCAGGUCGCUCUCAUCAUGGCUUGUCUUUCGAUCCUGGGCGCUCUCGGCAUGGAAUGGCGCACCGUCCGAAAAGACAUUCCGCCCAAAAAGCCUGACAGCGUGCGGGCUGUUGAGGAAGGCAAGGCCCAGGUCACCUCGAACGAGAAGAGAACAAUGGACGCCGGGGGAGGAGUGGCAGCGAAAAGGCGCGGCCAUAGGUGA